ACACCUGUUAACCACAACUACAACCACAGGGUAGAUUCAACACCUUUGUGUCACAGAAACAUUAGAAGCUUUACAUAGACAGAGUGGGUUUUUUGCAGGGCUCGUUUCAUCACAUUCUGCAGGUAUAUUACACUGAGGACUCAUUUCAGGCGUAGGCUGAGCGGAAACAUAGAUUUAAAACGAUUCAAGAGAGUUGCGACCACCUCUGAGGAAAUCUCACAGAAGAAGGAAGGGGAAGUUUACGAAGACAGAGGGGGGUUUCAGUGUACAGCGCUCAUAAGCUGCAGCGGCUCUCUCUGUCCUGCAGAGGCGAUGCUGGAGUUUCAAAAGACGAGCGCCCGGCGCUGAGCGCAGCUUUUACCAUGCCGCUCACAGCUUUACAAUAGGGACAAGAGUUUUUUUUUUUUUUUUUUUUUUUUUUUUACAUCUGGAACUGACCAGCUGCUUUCACCACUCUCCGACAUCAUGGAGUACUGGAGGCAAUGUGCGAUGUGGCUGAUCAGCUGCAACGUGCUGCCCGUGAACCACCGGGUAACUGCGGACACGGCGCAGGUGUUCGACUUGGCGCAAACCCUGCGGGACGGGGUGCUGCUGUGCCAGCUGCUCAACAACCUGAGACCUCACACUAUCAACCUGAAGGAGAUUAAUCUCCGGCCACAGAUGUCACAGUUCCUGUGCUUGAAGAACAUCCGCACCUUCCUGACGUCUUGCUGUGAUGUGUUCGGGAUGAAGAAAAGUGACUUAUUUGAAGCCUUUGAUCUCUUUGAUGUUCGAGACUUUGGAAAGGUUAUGGACAUGCUAUCCAAGCUCUCUUACACAACGACUGCACAGCAAGCAGGAUUCAAGCCAUUUCCAACAGAGGAGAGCCUAAAAGACGAGGACAUUUGCAAUAAUCUGGAGGAUUUGAUUGAUGAGAAUGUCCUUGAGGACGAGGAUGACUUGUAUGCAGCGGUCUAUGGGCUGGAAGAAGACUACGCAGGGGGAGAGAUUUAUGAAGAUCUCAUGAGAACCGAGCAGCCUCCCCCACUGAAGCAGGCAGAGGUAGAUGUGAGGAGCUGCUGCCUUACGGAGAUCAAACAGACGGAGGAGAAAUACACAGAGACCCUGGAGUCCAUCGAGAAGUAUUUCCUGAAUCCUCUGAAGAAGUUCUUCUCUGCAGCUGAAAUUGACAAAGUUUUUGUCAACAUUCCAGACCUGGUUAAAGUUCACAAGAGCCUGAUGGUUGAUGUGCAGGACUCCAUCUUGAACAAAAAUGCCUUAAAUCUCUACCAGAUUUUUAUCAGCUACAAAGAGAGACUGCUCAUUUACGGAAUAUACUGCAGUCGAGUGGAGAUCGCCAUCGCUGUUUUAGACCUCAUUUGCAAAGAGAAAGAGGAUGUCCGCCUGAAGCUGGAGGAGUGUUCCAAAAGGGCCAACAAUGGGAAGUUUACACUGAGGGACCUGCUGGUUGUCCCGAUGCAGAGAGUCCUCAAGUAUCAUCUCCUUCUUCAGGAGCUAGUCAAACACACUCACGAUGCUGCUGACAAGAGCAACUUGAAGAUCGCUCUUGAUGCCAUGAAAGACCUGGCUCAGUAUGUCAACGAGGUGAAGAGAGAUAAUGAGACUCUGAGGGAGAUCGAACAGUACCAGAGGUCUAUCGAAAACUUGAAUCAGCCGCUCAUCACCUUUGGUCGGCCAAAAGGAGACGGAGAGGUGCGCAUGAUCUCCAGUGUUGACAAGAGGAAACAAGACAGACACAUCUUUUUAUUUGAUGUGGCUGUCAUUGUUUGCAAGAGACGAGGAGACAACUAUGAGAUGAAGGACAUACUCGACCUCAACUACUUCAAGAUCACCAACAACCCCACCUCUGACAGAGAGGGCAAAAAGUGGUGCUACGGCUUCUACGUGACUCACCAGCAGGGGUACACAGGCUUUGAACUCUUUUUUAAGACCAGGGAGCUGAAGAAGAAGUGGCUGGAUCAGUUUGAAAUGGCUAUAUCAAAUAUCCGGCCAGAAAAAGCCAGCCACAACUCCCACCAGUUCAAGAUGCACACAUUUGAAAGGAUCACUUCCUGUAGCUUCUGUCACCUCUUGCUCAGGGGCAUCUUUAACCAGGGUUAUCUCUGUCUCAAAUGUGGGCUGGGGGCUCAUAAGGAGUGUCUGGGUCGACUGGGAGUGUGUGGGAGAACAGAUUCUGCCAAGCCGAGACCCAAGGAAAACACAGUACCACCGGACCCAGGUUUACCCAGGAUGGUUGUGAUCAGAGACUACAGUGGCCUCCCCUACCCCCAGUGGGGGCCCCCACUAAGCAUUCAUGCGGGGGAUGUCAUCGAACUGAUGUUUGCCGACCUACACAGCUCCUGGUGGCAGGGCAAAAUCCUGGCGACAAGCAAGAUUGGCUUCUUUCCAAGUGACGCUGUGAGGCCUUGCCCGUGUGUUCCAAAACCUGUCGAUUACUCUGCCCAGCUCUGGUUUGCAGGGCCCAUGGAGAGAUACCAGGCUGAGGUGGAGCUCCUGGACCGAGGAAACAGCACCUAUCUGGUUCGACACAGAAGUAAAGAAUGCACUGAGUACGCCAUCAGUAUAAAGUUCAACGAUAAAAUCAAGCACAUUAAGAUUCUGACCAAGGAUGGCUGCUUUUACAUCGCUGAGAGCCGACUGUUCAAGACUGUCCUGGACUUAGUGGAGUACUACAAGCAGCAUUCUUUGAAGGAGGGUUUCAGCAGUCUUGACACCACUCUGCAGGUCCCCUAUAGGGAACCAUCCAAUGGAAACAUGCCCAGGGCCAUUACUACGGCUGGCAGUGUGUUUUCUCCCAGGGUGGUGGGUAUUGCAGUGGCACGCUACGACUUCAGCUCCAGAGACACACGGGAGCUCUCACUGCUGCAGGGAGACAUUAUCAAGAUCUACACCAAGAUGUCGAGUGGGUGGUGGAAGGGAGAGGUCGACGGCAGGGUGGGCUGGUUUCCCUCUACCUAUGUCGAAGAGGAGGACUGACUUUUGCCGGUCGAAUGACGUCUUUUCAGCAUCCAGUAAAAGCUGACCACCUCCGCUGAGCGCCACGCCGCUCAUCCACUCUCUGUGCCCUGCAAGUCAGAUCUCUUUGAUAAAACCCAGAGACUCGGACUGAAGAGGAAACGGCAGCGCCCUCAAAAGCCUCCUGCCCUCUGACAGACUCUCACACGGAGCAGAUGUCAAAUCACAGAUUCAAGGAGCGUCACGCUGUUUCUCGCCUCUCUGUGGUCCUGUCUGCCCCCGUGGCCCUAUGGGAAGUGCAUGAGCUGUACCCAGAUAACCCUCCCCUCCUGUCCCCCUAUCCACUCACCUUGUCUUAUUAUUGAUGACUCCAUUGGCUGGUGUAAGGCUUGCCUUCACUGUCAUCAUGUUUCGAUACCAGGGAGGUUCAGUCACCCAGCUGGAACACAGAUCCUGCUGACAGCGCAUCGCCCAGGUGCUCCACCACAUUGAAAUGCAGGAGCUGAGGAGCUCUGACUGUUGUUGGAACCCUAUAGCCGUCUUGGCUGUUCAGACGUUUGUGUUCAACUUUCUGUCAAAGACUCAUUUUAAUUUUAAAAUUUUAAAUCACUGGACUGAUAUUAACUGUGUGAUAUUUAAAUGCAAUCGCUGAAAUGUGAUUUUACACAGCUUGAAAAAAAAGAAAAAGAAAAAAGGAUGGAAAGAUUUCAGCACCACAGCGCGAAAGAUUGAACUGUCAUCCACAUGAGAUGUGUUUGCAGACUUAAUGACUGUUGGACUUGUGGAGCUACAAGUGAUUCUAUCCUAUCGUGACGGGAAAUCGUUCCUGGAGAUAAAGCGGAAGCAUGAGACGGGUGUCAAAAAUUUCUUUACCCUUCAAUUGUUCCCUCCCAAAUUUAAAGCAAUAGUUGGACAUUUUGUGUAAUACAUAAUACAUACAUAAUAAUGUAUCCCCUGUUUCCACUCUUUAUGCUAAGCUAAGCUAACGGUCUUCUGGCUGUAGCUUCAGAUAUAGCAGACAGACAUGUUGUAUCAAUCUUUUCAUCAAAUUUGUAAGAAGAAAGCAAAUAAGCGUGUUUCUUAAAUCAUCAAAAUGUUCUUUUAAGCUAAAAUCAGCCGCAAUUACAGCUGGUCCCGCUAGAAGAAAUGAACAUGGUGAAUCAUCAAAAGGAGGGAGGAAUACACAGUUUGAUAAUGUUUCAAGACGUUCCCAUUUAAUGUCUCUAAAAGGAAGGAAAAAAAAAAAAGCCCAGUUCUUAUGUUAGGCUUCAGACAUGUGAAGUCAUCAAAGAGAAAAAAAAAAAAAUGCACAAAAGGAAUUACAAAGCCAAAUAAGUUGUAACGGCGCACGUGUGGGGUAGACCGUGUAAUUGGAGGUAUAUGUCUAUACUUCACUGUGAGCCCCUUCAUCUUUUCAUCAUUCACUGUGGAAACCAGAGAGCCCUUUUACAUUCCACGGAUUUUGUGUUUACCUCAACUCUUUUUGGUUUCAGAAUGAAUGAUUCAAGGGUGAUGUAACAGCUGUUCACUGUAGUGCAAGGUAGCACAAGGGCGUCAAGUGAUACUGUUUUCCUUCAAACGUCCACACCCCCACUAACCAUGUGUGUGACAUCAAUAUCUAAUAAAAGCAUACUCUUUGAAUUGUA